AUGGGUUCUCCGGGCGGUCCCCUCCAGGCCGCCACCGCUGAGCGCGUGAACCAGCAGAGGGAGCGAGAGUCCAUCUUCUCACACUUGCGUGGCGGUUCGCGCGAUAGUACCGUGCACGACAAGAUCAGCCAGUUCAACAACCUCAGCGUCUCCAUGCAGUCCAAGCAGCUGGAGCGCAAGACUGCCGACGCCGCCCUCAAGCGGGCCAUGGUCGGCCGUGAAGAGGCAGAGUCUGAGUUGAGGAGAUACAGAGAAGAGAAUAAGGCCCUAAGGAAAGCCGUCGACGAGGGCAAGGAACGUGAGAAGAAGGUUGGAGAGCGUCUCGAGACCCUCAUGGAAAACUAUGGCCGCGCCAAGGAGACACACGCACACACACAAGCCCUAUGGGAGAAAGAGAUCCGACGCGCGAGAAAAGAGACAUUCAAGACCCAAUCGUCAAUCGUCAAGCUACAGGAGGAGCUCAAGUCAUCACGCACAUCAGCAAAGAUGAUAGACGAGAACCUCAAGCGUGAAAAGGAGAGGAGCAAGGUACGGGAGCAGGAGGCGUUUGAAGCACGCUACCAGAUCGUCGGCGUUCAAGAACAGCUCGACCAAGCCCUUGAGCGAAUCAAGGUGGUGGAACAAGAGCGAGACGCUUACAAGACGGCCGCUAAGAACGAGGAGGUUGCCCGCAUCGCCGCUGAGGGUCGCCUUCCUCUACCACCUUCCAGCGGCGCUGACGAUGAGUUUGAUUCACCAAAGAAGACUCGCGAGUCUAGAGGCCCACGCGUGUCACUGUCCACCAUGGACAUUCUCUCCUCGGCAGCCAGUGAAGCCGAGAUUGAGGAUCUGACCAUUCAGCUGCAAUGGGAGCGACAACGCGCCGAGCGUGCCCACGAGAUGAUCGAGUUCCUCCAGGCCGAAUGCCACCUCCGAUGCUGCGCCUGCGCCAAAUCCGACCGCCGUACCAACACCGAGGCGCCUCGUCAAAAGCGUCGAAGCUCCUUCGGCCUCGAGGGACCCAACGAUAAGCUCCAAAAGCUUGACAAUGACGUGCCAGAGGCUGUCCAGCGUUCCCAAACUCCACCUCGCAUCCAGGAGCCUGAGGCUCAGGCCCGGGAGGUCGAGGUUGAGGCUAAGGGUGAGGUCCAGCCAGAGGAAGAGGGGGAGCAACAUCAACAGCAAACACAGCUAACUCCUGAACUUGCGAAGCCCAAGUCCAAGAAGGAGCCUCGUCGUAGCACCAUCUUCUGUCCCAAGGAGGGCAUCUUCCGAACAGUGUCUGAGCAAGAGGCUGAGGCCUUUGAGGCACAGCGCAGGAUGGAAGCUGAAGCUGAGGCUGCUCAACAAGAGAUCCAGUCCGAGGCUGAGGUUGGAAUCGAGACGAUUGUUGAGGACGUCACCGAGCUGGGCCCUCCUACUCCUGAAGAGGAGGAAGAGGACCGCAGGAGAUAUGCCCGAACUCCCUCAGUUGAUCCUCCAGCCUUUGCCAUGCUCGCCCAAGAGCGCAUCUCUCUUGUCUCCCUCCUCAACGCUCCUCACAACGAGGCUCACACGGCCCCUAUCCCCUCUGUGCCAACCAUGCCCGACACGGCUGACACCCUCGUCUCCCCUGAGACUCGACCUCACACCUCGGCCAACUUCUACACCGUCACAACAACAACCACAGUGCCUGUCCACGACGACAACGCUCACAGCGACUCAUCCUUCUCGGAACGCCUUCGGACGCCUUCCCACAACAGCACUGGCACAACCUUUGACCUGUCCAACCCAGCUCUCACACCAACCAUGACACGCGAGCAGGCUCUCGCCAAGAUCCGUGAGCGUCGUGGGCGUGCUCGCUCCAUGGCCCAAGGCACCAUGACGCCUCGUCGACGGAUGGUUGAGGGUGUUGACCGUAGGGACAUGAGCGCCCCGACAGGGAAGGUCGCCGGCAAGGGACGAUGA